GGAAAAGGGCGCAUUACAUCUCAUCUAGAACGCGUAGUCUUUAUUAAACAUGGGAGAAUCAAGAACUGAAUUACUGGCAUGGUUGAACGACCUCCUCCAACUCAACUAUACCAAGAUCGAACAGGCUGGAACAGGUGCUGGUUAUUGUCAGAUUAUGGACUCCAUCUUUGGUGAUGUGCACAUGAGCAAAGUCAAGUUUGACACCAAGCAUGAGUAUGAAUACGUUGGAAACUUUAAGAUUCUCCAGCACACUUUUGACAAGCACAAGGUUGACAAGAUCAUUCCCGUUGACCGUCUGAUGAAGUGCAAGUUCCAAGACAACCUUGAGUUCAUGCAGUGGGUCAAGCGAUUCUGGGACCAGAACUUUCCUGGAGGAUCUUAUGAGGCAGCUCAGAGACGCAAGGGUGGUCCCGGUGGUGCAGGAAAACCUUCAGGAGGUCCUCGCGCAACUGGUGCACCUGCAGCUGCUCGUAAGCCGGUUGGAGCAUCUAGUGGAGUAUCUGCUCGUAGUGCCAGUCGCAACACUACAUCUGGUCGCGUGUCUUCUAAUAGUGCCAGUGCCAACACCCUUGACAACCACUCGGCUUCCAUGAUUAUUGAGCUUAACAAGCAGAUUGCCGAGCUCAAGAUGACAGUAGAUGGACUUGAAAAGGAGCGCGAUUUCUAUUUUGGAAAACUCCGGGAUAUCGAAAUCAUUGUUCAGGAACAAAUGGAGGCCAUUGAGCAGGAGGCUGCUGACCAGGAACCUCUUGAGGUGCCAGUUCUCAAGGACAUCCAAGCCAUUCUAUACAGCACAGAGGAGGGCUUUGAGGUACCUCCAGAAGGCGAAGAUGCUCAUGAAGAAGAGUUUGAUGAUGAAACCUUUUAAUGACAAGAAGCAAAAAAAAUCAGACAGACAGACAGACAGACAAACAAACAAACAAACAAACAAACGAGUAAACGACAACCAAUAUAUAUCAUCUUUCUUCUCUUUCCUUCUUUCAAAUAAUCUUUUUUUUUUCCCUAUUUCUUUUUCUUUUCUUUCUAACCAAUUAAAAGAAGAAAAAACCCACAAAACCAAUACAAACC